AUGAGAGUGCGCAGCGAAACAUUGAUCGUUAGUGCACUAUGUGCGGCGUGGUACGCGCUCAGCUCGGCUAGCAAUGUGGUGGGUAAACUGGCACUGAACGACUUUCCGUUCCCACUGACCAUGACGCUGGUUCAGUUAGUGGCCACGACGACUCUCAGCGCUCCAGCCCUUGCCGCCUUCGGUGUGCCCCAGAUCUACGCGUCUUCCCGAGCUCCCCGCCUUCGAGCGCUUUUGCCGCUCGCCAUUGCCAAGUUUUUGACGACUGUUUUCUCGCAGCUCUCUAUAUGGAAAGUACCCGUUUCUUACGCUCACACUGUGAAGGCAACGACGCCACUGUGGACGGCGGGCAUGGCAUGGGCCAUAUUCAAGGAGCGAGUGUCGCGGGGCGUGUGUGGAGCCCUGGCGUUGAUAGCGAGCGGAGUAGUUCUCGCUUCUGCUACCGAGCUGCACUUCGACGCUGUCGGCCUCGCAGCGGCGCUUGCUGCUGCCGCUCUGCUCAGCCUGCAGCACUUACUCUCAAAGCGCCUGCUGCAAAACACAACCGUGCACCAUCUACGCCUUCUGCAGACGUUGAGCGCCCUCGCCUUGAUUCCGCUAUUACCCGUUUGGUUAGUGGCAGAGGGUAGAGCGGUUUGGAUGUGGCGGGGUUCAGGUUCAGGUGACGGGCUUCGUUUAAGCAUCCUGGUGGCCGCGGACGGAGUAUUGGCGUGGUUACAAGCCAUAGCCGCUUUCACUGUACUUUCGCACGUGUCGCCGCUUACGUACGGCGUGGCUUCGGCCGCGAAGCGCGCUGUGGUCGUACUGGGCUCGUUGUUGUUACUGCGCAAUCCAGCUCCGCCCUUAAACCUUCUUGGGAUGGCACUAGCGGUUCUCGGUGUAUUUGCCUAUAACCGAGUUAAGAUACGAAAAUCACAACCACCAACUCUCUUACCCGUUUAA